AUGACACGAGAGCAGUAUAUAUUAGCAACACAACAGAACAGCCUUCCAAGGACUGAACAUCCUCAGUUUUACCCAGUUGGGAUUUAUGGAUGGCGAAAGAGGUGCUUAUACUUCUUUGUCCUUCUGCUGUUGGUUACCAUGAUUGUUAACUUAGCAAUGACAAUAUGGAUUUUGAAGGUUAUGAAUUUCACAGUGGAUGGAAUGGGAAAUUUGAGAGUGACUAAAAAAGGAAUACGACUUGAAGGAAUAUCUGAAUUUCUACUUCCAUUAUACGUGAAAGAAAUCCAUUCCCGAAAGGAUAGCCCACUGGUCAUACAGUCUGACAGAAAUGUAACAGUGAAUGCAAGAAAUCACAUGGGACAGUUAACUGGACAACUGACAGUAGGAGCUGAUGCUGUGGAGGCCCAGAGUAAGAGAUUUGAAGUGAGGGCAACCGAAAGUGGAAAAGUAUUGUUUUCUGCAGAUGAAGAUGAGAUUGUUAUUGGUGCUGACAGACUGAAAGUAACAGGCACAGAAGGGGCAGUGUUUGGUCACUCUGUGGAGACACCCCAUAUCAGAGCAGAACCUUCCCAAGACCUCAAACUUGAAUCUCCUACUAGAUCUUUGGUGAUGGAAGCACCCAAGGGAGUGCAAGUCAAUGCUGCUGCAGGAGACUUAAAGGCUACCUGUAGGAAAGAACUUCACUUACAGUCCACAGAAGGGGAGAUAUUUUUAAACGCAGAUACAAUCCGCCUGGGAAAUCUACCAGUGGGCUCGUUUUCUUCCUCCUCCUCCUCACCCAGCUCUGCAGCUCCUCGCCAGACUAUCUAUGAGCUAUGCGUCUGUCCCAAUGGUAAACUUUACCUGUCCCCAGCAGGAGCAAGCUCCACAUGUCAAUCCAGUAGCAACAUCUGCUUGUGGAGCUAG